UGGGCGGGCUGCCGGGACAUGCUCACUGGGAGAGUUCCGCGGCUGCCGCACAUGCUCACUGGCCGCGGAGGGCACCGCCGGAGGUAGGGGUUCGCUCCGCCAGCGGAGUACCCACGCUUUCGCUCCGCCGGGGCCGCGACAUGCCCCGCCGCCGGUUCCCCGGUCGCCAUCGGCCGUAAUCGCGGCGGAAAGGGGAGGCCGCGGCUGAGCGUCUGGCGACUGAAGGUUUCUCUGAAGCUUAAUCUUCAAGAUGAAGCUCUUAGUAGCAGUUUUCUUUUUCAUCUCGUUCUCCUUAUGGGUUGAAGAAGUCUAUUCCAAAGAGAAGUCUUCAAAGAAAGGAAAGGGGAAAAAGAAGCAAUACCUAUGUCCAUCCCAGCAAUCAGCUGAAGACCUUGCAAGAGUACCUGCUAAUUCUACCAGCAAUAUCUUGAAUAGGCUAUUGCUCAGUUAUGAUCCCAGGAUAAGGCCUAAUUUCAAAGGAAUUCCAGUUGAUGUUGCAGUCAACAUCUUCAUAAACAGCUUUGGGUCAAUUCAAGAGACAACUAUGGAUUAUAGAGUCAACAUCUUUCUAAGACAGAAGUGGAAUGAUCCCAGACUCAAACUUCCCAAUGAUUGGAGAGGUUCAGAUACACUGACAGUGGAUCCAACUAUGUUUAAGUGUCUCUGGAAGCCAGACUUAUUCUUUGCAAAUGAAAAGAAUGCUAACUUCCAUGAUGUCACACAAGAAAAUAUCCUUCUUUUUAUAUUUCGGGAUGGAGAUGUCCUAGUCAGCAUGAGAUUGUCUAUUACUCUAUCAUGCCCUUUGGACUUGACCUUGUUUCCUAUGGAUACACAGCGCUGCAAGAUGCAAUUGGAAAGCUUUGGUUACACAACUGAUGACUUACGGUUUAUCUGGCAGUCUGGAGAUCCUGUACAGCUAGAGAAAAUUGCUCUGCCUCAGUUUGAUAUUAAAAAGGAAGAUAUUGAAUAUGGUAACUGUACCAAGUACUAUAAAGGCACAGGUUAUUACACUUGUGUAGAAGUAAUCUUCACUUUAAGAAGACAAGUUGGAUUUUACAUGAUGGGUGUUUAUGCUCCUACACUGCUAAUUGUUGUUCUGUCCUGGCUGUCAUUUUGGAUCAAUCCUGAUGCAAGUGCUGCAAGAGUCCCACUGGGUAUUUUCUCAGUGCUCAGCUUGGCAUCUGAAUGUACCACUCUUGCUGCUGAACUUCCCAAAGUGUCUUAUGUGAAGGCCUUAGAUGUCUGGCUGAUUGUUUGCCUUCUCUUUGGGUUUGCAUCCCUGGUGGAGUAUGCUGUGGUUCAGGUAAUGCUAAACAAUCCAAAGAGAAUUGAAGCUGAAAAAGCAAAGAUUGCCAAGGCAGAGCAAGCGGAAGGGAAAGGUGGAAAUGCAGCCAAGAAGAACACUGUGAAUGGUACAGGGACUCCUGUCCACAUCAGCACUUUACAGGUUGGUGAGACCAGAUGCAAAAAAGUUUGCACUUCGAAGUCUGAUCUGAGAUCCAAUGAUUUCAGCAUCGUUGGAAGCUUGCCAAGGGAUUUUGAAUUGUCGAAUUAUGACUGUUACGGGAAGCCCAUUGAAGUCAACAAUGGGCUCGGGAAAUCUCAAGCCAAGAACAACAAGAAGCCUCCUCCUCCCAAACCUGUCAUUCCAUCGGCAGCAAAGAGAAUCGAUCUUUAUGCAAGAGCACUGUUCCCUUUUUGCUUCUUGUUCUUCAAUGUCAUAUACUGGUCCAUAUAUUUAUGAUAAAUCUUUAAUUUAUUUUUUCAUAUGUGUAAAAUAUAUCCCAUUUCAUUACCUCUUCCCGGUCAUGAAGGCCACUGCGUGAAAUAAUUUGCAUUUUCAAAGCAAUAUGUUGCAUCUCGAUGCCAUGCGAUUGUACUGAACAUAUGGCAUCUGAAAUUUGAAUGAAAGCAUGACACUGCAAUGUCUGUGCUCCGACCAACGUUGUAUAUAAAUGUACAGCAUACAUCCUGCUUUAGGAAUAUAUAUGAAGGACAAUGCAUACUACAUUAUAACGCUGAAUAAUGCUCUUCAGUUAUUAGUAACAUACAAAGAUUUAAAGUGUUUCUGACAAUGAAACUGAUGUGCACGUUGAGUAUUACUAAAAUCAGUAUUCUAGUAUAUGUAGUAUUUAACAGCUUUUUUGCUGACUUCCAGAGAGAAACAAAAAAAACCAUCCUGUUCUUGUAUAAUUUUAGAAGGCACUGUUGAAGGAAAAGCUAAGAUGUAAUUCAUAUUAUUUAGGCUUUGUAAGCGAAGGCAGCAUUGAAUAAGCUGAUCUUGUCUAUGUGGAAAAAUAAAGGUCAGAGAAUUACUAAUUUUGUAAAAUCAGCUCAUUUAGGGGUAAAAA